UUCCAGUGGUUCAAAUGGAGUCAUCCCUGGGAUUGCCAUCUUCAGGCCAGACACACUGUCAGCUGCAGAGUCCAGAACUCUGCAACACUUGUGUCCAGGUUUCCCAGAUAAGGCCACCAGCUGUCAACGGGGACAGGGCAUUAACAGCCCCCAUCCACAGUCCUUCAGAGUUCCUGGCCUUGCCUCCAGCUCCAAGCUUGGAACAACCAGAGGACAAAAGCAUGCCUGAGAUAAAAGAGGGCACAAAAGAAAACCAAGACACACCAAUCCUGACUUUGGAACACCCUCACUUGCAGCAGCCUCUGCACUGCACUGACACUGAGAGCCUCAGACAGAAGCCUGAUUCAGAUAAUGCCCAUUUGGGAUGCAUCUGCAUGGUUCCGAAAGAGUUUGUGGGGCAAGAGAAUGAGAUUGGAUCCAGCUUCGACUUUAAAGACAUCACUAGACUUGAGGCAGACAUUCAACUUCCCCAACUCCUAAACACCCUCACAGACAUAGACCAAGAUCAGUCCUGUGAAAACUGGAGAGUCACCAGUGGCCCCUCUGACCAGGUGAGGAAGAACAAACAUAAAUCCUUUGAGUUGCUUGAGGGGGCUCCUCAGGCCAAAAUCCAGCACUGGGACCUGGUGGAGGGAGAGGGGGCUGUGGGUGUUGCUGGGGCCAGUGACAGGGCUAUUGACAACAUGGCAAAGCACCCAGAAGGCAAAGCUCCCAAAGGGCCCCCCAUCAAGAACAGAAGAGCUAGAAAACAGUGGCAAGAAAAACUAAGUGGACCAGAGAACAAAUCCAAGAAAACAGAGGAGCUUAAGCAGUCAAGGAAGAGAGUCAAAGCAGAAAAGGAGCCCUCCAUCCCCAAGACCAAGAGGAAGAGAAAACCACCUGAGCUCAGUCAAAACAGCUUCAAGAAGCCUCGAACCAACCUUGCAAUGCACAUGCUGGAGUCCGUGCAGGUCUUCCACCCACUGGGNAAGAAGAGUGAGAAGAAAACUGGCAUCUCCUCCUUCAGAGUUCUGCAAACCUUCACCAGCAACAAAGAUCCAGGUCCAGGCUCAGUUACUACAACAGUGUUAAACAUGCCAUGUGAGGGCCAGCAUCCUCCCAAAAGCCCAGGGAAGGUCCAGGGAUCAGAGAGCAGUGUUGACAAAGAUUGCAUAACUCCAUCCCAGUAUGAGCUGCCUCCAGCUGGGAAGGUCAAGUUAGUUCCUCUGCCUUUUCCAACUCUGGACAAGCCUCAAUCCAGACCUGCUUCUAGAAAGCCCCUUUCCCUGGCUUUACACAAGCCCACUCUAUUUUACCCUGUGCCGCCUCACUCUCACUCAGUUCAACCUACCACACUCAGGCCAGCCCAACCACCUCCUGUGAGCACAUCUUUGGUAGCCUCUGCCAAGCCAGCUCCUGCAAUUUCCUCCAGUGUCACUGGACCUAAUGUAACCAACCCCAAUCAGUCUAGUGCUGUGCUCCAGGUGGCCACCUCGAGGCCUGUACCCUCCAGAGCCUCAUCUAACACAUCAUUCCAGGGAGAGCUUGUUUCUGCUGCCAGGAACAAGGUACCAUCGCCUCCCAAACCUCAAACCCAAUAUCUGCUCCAUGACUUCAGCCGCCAACCCAUUCCAUGGAAGAAAGUCGACAUUCUGGGACCAGUUGUCUCACAACCCAUCACAAAAGANCAGAGGCCAGAGAGGGAGGCCAUGAAGAGGCGUGCCCAACAAGAGCGUGAGAAUGCUGUCAAGAACCCCUCUACUGGGAAACUGAAGAUUUUCCUUCAGAGGGAGAGGGAUAUGGAAAUUUCUCAAUAUUAUGGCUAUGCAAUGUAAGAGCUCGCCAGAUCAUUGCAACAAAGUGAUUUUUGACAUUUACUUGAAGAGAUAUAGUGACUGAUACAGAUGUAUAUAAGUAAAGAAAAAUAUAUAAAUAUAUAUACAUAAGUACAUGUUCAGGAAUAUAGAGGACUAAGUAUAUAGAUAGAUAGAAAAAACAAACCCAUAUGAAUUUUAAUAGUUAGUAAAAUUGCCAUAUAAUGUUAAGUUGGCUAGUUUAUUCUGUUUCUCUUAACUGUGAUGAUUUUGUUUUUAUUAUAUUCUAUAUGAACAUAAACUUAAGAAAUAGUUAUUUAACAUUAAAUCAAUUUAGAA